CCCCGCGGUCCCCGGGCCCGGCGUCCCGAGGAGCGUCGGCGGGGCUGAGGGAGGCCGCCGCCGCCUCCGCCGCCUCUUCCUCCUCCUCCUCCCGGUCCUCCCCGUCGUCCUCCCCGUCCUCCGCCGCCGCCGGGCCGGCCCCGGCCGCAUGAAGGAGUGCGAGUACCAGCAGAUCACCCCCGGGGCGGCGCCCGCGCCCGCGCCCGCGCCGUCCGGUGGCUCCGGCUUGGGCCCCGCCGGCCGUCCCCCGUCCGGUCCUUGCGGCGUCGGGCCUGGCGUCGGCCCCCCGGGCCCUCCGGGCUCCCCGGGCUCCCCGGGCUCCCCGGCGGCCCGGCCCCGCCGCAAGUGGGAGGUGUUCCCCGGCCGGAACCGCUUCUACUGCGGCGGGCGGCUGAUGCUGUCCGGACACGGCGGAGUCUGCGCCCUCACCUUCGGGCUCAUCCUCGCCACCACCGGCCUCUUCUUCGUCUUCGACUGCCCGUUCCUGGCCCGCCACCUGACCCUGGCCAUCCCGGCCAUCGCGGGGCUCCUCUUCUUCUUCGUGGUCAGCUGUCUGCUGCAGACCAGCUUCACGGACCCCGGGAUCCUGCCGCGGGCCACCCCCAGCGAGGCCGCUGACCUGGAGAAACAGAUCGACAGCACGGGCUCCACCACCUACCGGCCGCCCCCGCGGACGCGGGAGGUGCUCAUCAACGGGCAGGUGGUGAAGCUGAAAUACUGCUUCACCUGCAAGAUGUUCAGGCCCCCCCGGACCUCGCACUGCAGCGUCUGUGACAACUGUGUGGAGCGGUUCGAUCACCACUGCCCUUGGGUGGGCAACUGCGUUGGGAAACGCAACUACCGCUUCUUCUACGCCUUCAUCCUGUCCCUGUCCUUCCUGACGGCCUUCAUCUUCGCCUGCGUCAUCACCCACCUCACCCUGCGCUCCCAGAACGACAGUUUCCUCAACACGCUCAAGGAGACGCCGGCGAGUGUGCUGGAGCUGGUGGUCUGCUUCUUCUCAGUCUGGUCUAUCUUGGGCCUCUCAGGGUUUCACACGUACCUCGUUGCCUCGAACCUGACGACCAACGAAGAUAUCAAAGGCUCGUGGUCCAACAAGAGAGGCACAGAGUCAGCAGCCAACCCGUACAGCCACGACAGCAUCCUGACCAACUGCUGCUCAGUGCUCUGCGGCCCCUUCCCUCCCAGCUUGAUCGACCGGAGAGGGUUCGUGCCACCCGACGCCGGGAUACCGUCCCCAGCCAAGAGCGAUGCCAAGCCCGCCCCCGGCAUGGACGAAGCCUGUCAGGACUUUGCCAUCUCCUGCACAGCCUGACGGGAGGGCUCUGCCUCCUGCUGCGGCUCUGCGGUUCCUUCCUCUUCCUCGCUGGCCCGGGGUCGCGGCGUCGCCUGUGGCACGUUAAGGAGUCUUUGAGGACACCUCCUUCUGUCUCCCGCUCCGGGAACUCCCCGGGGGGGUGAGGUGUCCGGGGGUGGACGGGGGGCAUCCGGGGAUCCUGUCGGCCCGAACCCGCAGCCUCCACGGCCUCCACCCCCGGCCGGGCCUCCCGAAGGCCCGGCUGAGGCCGGGAGGCGCCGAGACACCCCCCCCCCCCCACGUGCGGAGCUUGAAGCCAUAGAGCGGCGGCUGGCCGGAAGGAGCCCCGCCCUCCCACCGCCUCUCCCCGGGGGGACCCCGGCCCCCCGGCCGCCGCCGCAGUGUAACCCAACAGGUUUGUGUGGGGCCGGGCGGCCCGUCGCCGGGCCUGCCGACGCGGCCAAACAGGUUCCGUGACUGUGACCGUGCUGAGCCCAAGCGGCGCUCGACGGCUCCCACGGCAGCCGGCUCUGCUGCUGCUGCAGCCCCCUCCCCCCCCGGCCGCUGCCCCCGAGGCCGAGGGGACGGGGUGGGACGGACAGGGUGGACUCCCGCCCCGCUUCCGUCCGGCUCCUGGGGCCGAAGCUGCCCCGUCUCUCACCUCCCCCCAGACCCCCACUCGCUCCCGGACGGCGGGACCUAGGAGAGGUCCGGGGCCUUCCCCGGUCUGGGAGUCAGUGGCCCGAGCCUUAAGUCGGGUCAGUCGGCAUCGCCUGACAACGUUUUUUACCAAAUAAAAGUGUCCCUUCUUUUU